AUGAAGUCGUAUACAGUUAUUCAGUUCUCCUCAGCGGGCUGGAUGCUAGAGAACAGAACCAGCAACCAAUGUCUAGAUGAUGCUACUUCUUCACAAUUCCAGUAUAUAUUGGUAGAACAAGACGUAUUUUGCGCACAAAUCGAACCAGCACCGGAGCUUGUACAGUUCUUCCAGAUCCCUAGUCACCUCCUUACAGCCGUAUACAGACGCUCAAACGGGUUCUUCAGCUCUACGGAUGCUUUUAAUAAGGAUGGCCACCUUCGAUCUUGCUGCUACACCUGGCACGAGAUGACCUUUUGCUCGAAAUGGGCAUCCAGUCGUUGCGCAAUCCUGUGCAUUGGUGCGUCUCCAUUGUUCAAAGAGUUGCUGCAAGCCGCUCUUACCCAGCAGGGAACGACGUUACCGCUUUCAGAGCCCUAUUCGCUACACUUACCUCUGCUCGAAGCGAUCGUUUCCAUGCAGGACCUGUCAGUAUGGUCCAUGUGCGACGUUGUGCGUAGCUUUGAGAAGGCAAGAAAGGACCGCUCACUCAUAGCUCGUGAGCCUCAACAUUUUUCUACAAUGCACGACGCGGCGCGUCACGCCAUUCACUCCUUUGAAACGCUUACCGUGACUGUAGAGACUGCUGAGGCUAUGCAACAACAGGUUGCGUACCUUGCCGACAAGAGCAAGCAGCUUAGUGGAAGUGAGCCGAAGACGUGGCUCCAAGUGCGAAUGCGCAUGGAACUCCAAGUCCGGAUGUUUCACAACUUGCUCUUGAGGUCGCAGGCAAACAAAGAGCGGCUGCAGAACGAAAUUGCUCUGGCAUACAAUAUGAUUGCUCAGCGCGACAGCCAGGUCAUGGCAGGGCUUGGAGAGGCAGCAAAACUUGACAGUGGGGCCAUGAAGACGAUCGCUAUUGUGACGAUGGCAUUCCUUCCCCCAACCUUCUUAUCAGCCAUCUUCAGCAUGAGCUUCUUCAGCUACAAUCCCGAGUUGGGCGGAGCGGGAUGGUCAGUGUCGAGCAAGUUCUGGGUGUACUGGGUCUGCGCCAUACCACUGACAUCUCUAACGCUGGCCAUCUGGUACUGGCGGCAGAGAAGAGUGGGAAGCUGA